AUGAAGAAGCAUUACAAGAAAGGCCAAGUUCACCCAUCACAGCUUCCAUCCAUCGCCGACCAUCACUUGGCUCUUCUUCCGGCGACAAUCCUAACCCUCUCCGCCGCCCUCUCUGCUCAAGACAAAGAAGUCUUGGCCUACCUCAUCAUCUCAUGCUCCAGCAGUAGCACAUCCAACAACUUCUCCGGCCAUCCAAAAACCGUUACUGAAAGUAACGGCGGCGACCACAGUCCUACGUUUGAGUGCAACUGCUUUCGGUGUUACAUGAGUUUUUGGGCACGAUGGGAUGCUUCGCCUAACCGCGAACUCAUACACGAGAUUAUCGAAGCUUAUGAAGAGGAGUUGCUCAAGAAGAAGAAGCGGAGCGCUGCCGCCAAGAUCAAGAAAGAGAGAAGGAAGAGGGGGUGUGAUGAUCAGUUGAAGGGCGGCGGUGAGAAAGGCUCUGAAGAGAGGCCGGUGACCUGGGUCGACAAAAUGGGUGAGUCGGUCUCGGCGGAUGUGAGCGUCGGCGACGGCGGCGGUGAGGUUGGGAUGGAGAAAGGAGUAGUGAGAAAGAUUGCGAGCUUCAUAGGAGAGAGGAUUUGGAGUGUUUGGGAUAGGGUUUAGUUCUCUCCUUCACGACACUGAUAAGUCUUUCUUUUUUUUUUUUUUUUUGAUAUUUUCUCUCCACAUGAUUACCC